AUGCAUGCAGACUCCGCUCUUCCAGAAACGCACCUGUCUGUUUUCGUAUGUUUGGCUUUGUUGGGGGUUGCCAUCGUGUUUGCAAACGCUGUUGUCAUAUUCCUCUACAGAAGGAAAGAAUAUCUUAAAACUAAAACAAACCUAUGCCUUGCGUGUUUGGCAAUGUCCGACUUUUUGGCGGGAAGUGUCGCGGUUCCCUUGGUGAUAGUAUGCAAUAAGGCAGAUGCUGGCAUUUUCAAGAUAAAGAUAUGUAUAGUUAUGGACCUGUCGUCCAGAUUUAUUUCCAUUUCGACAGUGCUGCACUUACUGUUAGUUACUAUAGAGAGGUAUUUCAUGAUAAUCCACGCUAUGCAUUAUCCAUUUAUUGUGACAAAAUCCCGGUUGAUCUUCGUCCUCGUUUUUGUGUGGUGUUUUUCGCUUGGAGCAUCGCUCAUCCAGCUCACUUGGAUUUCCCUCAAUGGACAAGAUACCGACGAAGUUUACCGAAAAGAUACCAUCUACAGUCUGUCGAUCUUCUUCGGAGUGGUAUUAUCAAGUCUUUUGAUCAUGGCAGUAGCGUUAACACGUAUUUUUCGUGUUCUACGAAGGCAGCUUCAAAGCAUAAAGAGAGCGCAUACUUACAAAAGUAGAGCCUAUCGAAAAAUGCCUAUUCCGUUGGAGGGCAAGGCAGUUAUUGUCUUUGGAUCGAUGAUCUUAACUUUUAUCGCCUGCUGGUUUUCCUAUUAUUUUGACGGGCUGAUGCGGGAUUUAAAUCUCCCAAGUCUUUAUGUACCAGGCUGGGUAAGUGUGAUGCUCAUGUUCUUGAGGUUUGCCUCCUCUGUGGUAAACCCCAUCCUAUAUACUUUCUUCAAAGAGGAUUUCAGAAGAGCUCUGCUCUCCUCGUUUGGUAGUUAUCAACGCCGCUCAACACGCCUGACAACCGCUAAUACCACACCAGUUUAA